AUGUGGACGUUGUCGACCACCAUAGACUUCCGGCUCAAGGAUUGCGCCGGCGAUGAGGAUACCAUGCAGGCGCUGGCCGUCGACGACAUGAUGGAGCUUGCCCCGGGGAGGCUGGCAUCGCACGCGUGCGAGCAGAGGGCGGCCGAGGUGCUGGAGCUAGCUGGCAUGGAGGAGGUGGGCUACGGCAAGCCGACCAGAGUGACCGCUCAUAAAGCCCUGAGAGCGGAGGAUGUGGACGAACCGCAGGAGGUGAAGUGCGUCAAGAUGCUCGACGCGCUGGGGCCCGAGGAGGCCAUGUACUACAGCGAGGAGACCAACGCGGUGGAGCGCGCCGAGCUGAGGAGCCAGGUGAUCUUCGAGGAGGAGUGCGAGCGGUACUGCGGGCGCCGGGACGCGCCGCCGAACCUCUGGCACGUCGGGGGCGCCGAGGAGGUGAAGGCGAUCGCCGGCUUCAGCGCCGAGGGCACGAAGUCUGGAGGUCGACAGCGGAAGAUCAUCAUGGUGGUGGCCGCCAACUACAUGUUCAAGGAUGUGAGAGAGCGGUCCGAGCACGGGCUGCACGGGGGCGGUGCGCUGGGCCGCCUGCGUGUUCCGUCUGACUGUAGGGCGGCCGCGGCGUUCGACGAGAGCAGCGCUUUCUCGUUCGCGGAAGUGCCCUGUUGGAUGUGGGGCUGGCAGCGUGCGCCCCUGAUGUGGGCGCGGGCCGUCUGGGGCCGUCUCCGCGCGUUCCAGCAGGCCGCGCUGGUCCCCGAGUCCUGGGUCUACCCUAUGUGGCGUCGGCUGGUCAUGGGCAGCUCCCGCAGCGUACACAUUCUGAUGGCGAUGACGCCAGAGUCUGCGCCAUGCCGCUGCGACGCCCACUCGCGAGCCAGGGCUCAGGACGCGCAGCACUACCUGGAGAUGUGUAUGCAUGAGCUGGGCCUGGUCCUGCAUCUGAUCUCCGUCGACCUGGCGGUGGACUCGCGGUCCGCGCCCCUUGCGCCGACGGGGGGCAAGUGCUGCCAGGGCCUACUUCGGUCGCGGCUGACGGCCGGGGAAGUCGAGCGACUGGGCGAGGCCAACCAUCCCACGGUCAACCGCGAGACGUUGCGUGGCGGCGCGGCAAGCCGCGGAGGGGCACGGGGGCUCGAGCGCCCCGAGGACCCCGGAGAGAAGCCCCACCCCUCGAUUUUCGAGACGGAGAUCCUGAAGGCGCGGAGAUGCGACGGAGCCCACCCACGCGAGAAGAACUACGGCAAGGUUCACGGCACCUUCCGGACUACCAAGCUGGCCGCCUAUCCGCCAGCCUUGCGCGAGUGGAUUGCGGAGGGCAUCGCGAGAACACUGACGGACGUGGCGAGUCGCGGCGCGGGCCCCGCAGGCUACCAGCGAAGGGGGUUGGUGCUGGGCCCGUCGGACACGAGCUUCCACCUGCACAUCGACUACGGCCUGAUCUCCACCGAGGGGGGCCACUGGGGCUACGGCGAGGCGAAGGUCAACGAGCUGGUCCACCAUGUGGGGGGCGCGCUGGAGGACGUCGGCUUCGUGGUGAAGAACCGCAAGGAGCACGGCCUGGUCGAUCGCGUCGCGGGCUACGAGAUCGAGUCGUGCCCCGCGCGGGCGCGAGCGCCGAGGCGGAAGGCGGCCCUGCUGUGCGAGGCGCUGAAAGUGAUGGCCGAUCGGUGGUGGCCCUCGGCCCGACGGGGGGCGAUAGCCAUGCAGAGGGGCACCAUGGGGCUGCGCGCGGACUUCGGGGCCCCGCUGCUCGGGAUGCUCCUCGCCUCCGGAGCCGAGGGGGCCCAGGACUUCGGCAUGGGGGGCUUCGGCGCGGUCGUGGCAGCUGCGAGCCGCGAGCAGACGGAGGACCUGCGGCGCGCGGGCGCGAGGGGUUGGAUCGACAGCGAGGCGAAGUGGGUGCCUGUAGAGGCCGGGCGCUGGAGGCGAGCUGGCCGCGUCGUGCUGGGCGAGGGGCGCGCGGCUUUGCGUGCCCUGUCGCGCCUGGCCGUGGUCGCCGAGGCGCAUCGGUCCAAGGUGCUCAGCCCGGAGGGCGACAUGGCCUUUGCCGGGGCUGCGGCGAAGGGUCGAUCCACAGCAGGCGACCCGCGCUGGGAGGGCCGCGUGCAACCGUCAACUCCGCUAACCUACCGGCUGCGAGCAGCUGAGUUUCACGAGCGGUGCUCGGCGGAGGGAGCGCCGCCAUGGACGCAGGACGAGUGGGGCGACGCUCUGAUGGAAUACAAGACGACCUCCGCCCUUCCGAAGAGCCACUUCACCAGCCUGGUCGCAGCCGUCGAAUUCAAGCUCCCAAGGCUGAGGGGCCGCUUGAGCAGAUGCCAUGCGGCGCUGCGCGGCUGGGAGCUGGAGCAUCAGACCAAGCGCGCGGCCCCGAUGGUGAGCGCGGCCCAGGCGUUCGCCAGCGUACAGCUCAGUGCUCGCGUCGAGCCUGGGCUGGGAGUCGGCAUCGUGCUGCAAGGAAAAAUGGGGGCGCGCCCUAGCGAGAUGCUGGGGAUCGUCGCGUCGGAUCUCGUCUUCCCUGAGGAGUCUGGGUGCCAGCAGGGCAAGGGGCCUCUCAUCGUGGGCCUCGGCAUGAAGGCCAACGCCAAGGCCAAGAGGCCCCAAUCCGACGCUAUCCUGGAAUGCGAGAAUCCGAUCCUCGCGGGCACCCCGAGGCCCCUCAAGGCUCGCGCGGCCCAGGGUGGCCACCUAUUCCCUUGCGCCCUCUUAUCCAGUCCGAGUGCAUUUUACCUAUGGGGUGGUCUCCUCACAGUCACCGUGCAGGUUUUGCUUUAG